AUGCGUGUGGCUUCUGUAUUCCAGGUGCUAACCUGCCUCUUCUCUGUUUCUCUCGUUGCAGCCGUAGGUGGCAAGACAGAUAUAUGUGGUGAAUGUCGCGGUUCUCUCAAUAUUCCCAAACUUCUCUCGCCCAAGACCUUUAACGUCUUUGGUAACAUCAAUACUUGCCUUUGUUUAUCUACCAUUCCAAAUUAUAUUGCGUCCAAUUCACUGGCAUUAUCUGCUGUGUCAUACGGUGGAAGGGAUGCGGUGACUAAUGCACUUACAUCCUUGAUAUAUUCGGGAAAUCAUGGUACUUGCAACUACCCUGAACACUCACAACCGUCUUGCCAAUUUGGAAAUCCUUGUGGAUUUACAUGUACCGACGGAUUCACGCUAAAUAUACUGUCGUACCCCCCGAACUGUGUCUGUCCUAAGCCAUUCACCGUAUGCAACGGCCAGUGCGGUCUUUUUAAGGGCUGCCCUAGUAGCUAUGGAAAGCGGUCCCUUUCCGAAUCGUCUGGAAAGCUUCUGUGCCCAGUUGGACUUGCAGCAUGUCAAAUUAUCGGACGAGGAACGGAGUCUUGGGAAUGUGUUGACACCAAACAAGACCUCGAGAGCUGUGGAGGAUGUAUGAUCCAGUCCUCGCGCCCUGGAUUCUACAAGGAAGAGGGUGUCGACUGUACCGCAAUCAAUGGCGUCUCCGAUGUCUCCUGCAUAGAAGGCAAAUGCCGUGUUCGCCGUUGCAUGCCAGGAUAUUUGGUCAACGAAGCCGGGGAUAACUGUGUUGAGGAUCAUGGCUAUUCCAAGCUGAUCUCUCAAUUUGAUGACCUCUUUGAAGUGACUCGAGUCGUGUGGUUCAAUGGUAUUGGUGCCUCAUUCUUUGCUCCCACAAUUGAUAUGGCUUUCCCAAACUAA